AUGCCCUCUUCGACUAAGGACCAGUUCUCUCUCACGGAGGAGCAGAAGCAGCAUUGGCUGGAACACGGUUUCAUCAAGGUAGAAGGAUGCUUUUCCAGAAAGGCCGCCGAGCAGUUUACCUCAUCUCUAUGGACUCGUUUGGGCGCCUCGCCCGACGACAAAUCCACGUGGCCCACCGAAAAGUUGAACAUGCCGGCUCAUACUAGCGUGCGUGUCGAGGAUUUUGCGCCGAAAGCAUGGCACGUCAUGUGCGAGCUCAUUGGCGGCGAAGAUAGGAUGGCGGAUUGGUGCAAAACUUGGAGGGACGGUUGGAUCGUCAACUUUGGAAAGCCAGAGUUCAAACCCACAGAUCCGCUGGACUUUCGUACGCUUGAUAACUGGCAUAAUGACGGAGAUUGGUUUGUGCAUUUCUUGGACAGUGGAGAGCAGGCACUCCUGGUCAUCCCGCUGUUCAGUGACAUUGAGCCCAAGGGCGGUGGUACGGUUAUCUGCACCGAUGGAAUUGGCCUGGUGGCGAAACACAUGUACGACCACCCAGCCGGAACGACCCCGUUCCUCGCGCCCAACGGCACACCGGACCUCCAAGGUCCAGAGCGCCGUACUCAGUGGAUGAAGUGGAUCAGCGACCCAGAGGCCACGCGCGAUGAAUCUUUUCACGAAGCGACCGGCAAGGUCGGCGAUGUGUAUUUCCUUCAUCCUCUGAUGCUUCACUCAGCCUCGCGGAAUCUGCUCCGAACCGUGCGAGUUAUCACGAACCCACCCGUUGCAGUCAAGGAGCCCUUCAAUUUCAACCGUUCGGAUCCCAAGGAGUAUAGUCUCGUUGAGCAGAAGACACUUCGAGAUCUAGGUAGACCUGAGGGUUUGCCCGAGUGGAAGAUCACAGCACCCCGCGCGUUGCUCGAACCACGACGAGUAGAGUAUCAGGAAAAGAUGAAACGUGUUGAGGUCGAGCGAAUGAAUAAAGCGGGCGUGCCGGUCACGCAGUUGCCAAUAGCAAAGCCAUUGGACCUGCAAUAA